AUCUAUAACGUGGACUUGGAUUCAUCAAUUAUACCCAAUACCAAAUCUGCCCAUUUGGCCCUUCUCAAAGGUGUUGUUCAAGGAGUUAAACCAGAAGACGUACUUAUAGAGACCAAAUUGUGGUUCGAGACAUUUGCAGCAGUACUCACUGAAGCUGAGGCCAAAAAAUUGGCAGGGGUGAAGGGUGUGCUAAAGGUGAUGCCCGGCUUAACAACUGGUGUCUAGC